UUCUGUCUGCGACCUUAGCGAAAAUGGCAACUUCAAUCUCAAAAAAGCGUAAAUUCGUUGGAGACGGUGUUUUCAAAGCCGAAUUAAAUGAAUUUUUAACCCGUGAACUUUCCGAAGAUGGUUAUUCCGGUGUGGAAGUACGUGUUACCCCAACACGUACCGAAAUUAUUAUUAUGGCCACCAGAACCGACAGGGUGUUAGGUGAAAAGAACAGGAGGAUCAGAGAAUUGACUUCUGUUGUACAGAAGAGGUUUAGUUUUCCUCCAGAUUCAGUGGUUUUGUAUGGUGAAAAAGUAGCCAACCGAGGUCUGUGUGCUAUUGCCCAAGCUGAGUCACUUAGGUUCAAAUUGAUCGGUGGUUUGGCCGUACGUAGGGCUUGCUAUGGUGUCUUGAGGUACAUCAUGGAAUGUGGGGCUAAAGGAUGUGAAGUAGUAGUAUCUGGAAAGUUGAGAGGACAAAGAGCCAAAUCCAUGAAGUUCGUAGAUGGCCUUAUGAUCCAUUCCGGAGACCCAUGCAAUGACUAUGUUGACACAGCAACCCGUCACGUACUCUUAAGACAAGGUGUAUUGGGAAUCAAAGUUAAAAUCAUGUUGCCAUGGGAUCCCAGCGGCAAGACUGGACCCAAGAAGCCUCUACCUGAUAAUGUCUCAGUUGUAGAGCCUAAAGAAGAAACUCUUCCCCAAUCCCCAAGCAGCGAAAUUAAGGCAUCAAAGCCUGACGUUCCUCCAGCAAUUCCAGUUGCUGUAGCUUAGGGUUUAACUAUGUUUUUAUAAGUGAAAAAAGUUCUAA